UAUUCUUACAAAAACGAGUCAGCAUGGAGAAGAAAAGUAUCGCGCGGGCGAUUCAAAAGAGCUUGGACGGAGGGACGAGGAGGAGACGCCGCGUUCGUUGGCUGUACGGGUUCACCGCGCUGAUCAGCGUCGCGAUGUUCAUCCUGUUUUGGUACACGAGCGUGUUCCACGAUGCGGUCCUCUCCGGCCUCGAGUUAAAGAACGGCACCUCGUCCUUCCUGCUCUGGCAGAAGCCGCCUGUCAACCUCGAAAUCAAGAUCUACGUUUUCAAUUACACGAACGUGCGCGAGUUCGAGAGCGGGAAGGCGACCAAGUUGAAGGUGGAGGAGGUUGGACCGUUCGUAUAUAAGGAGAGUUUGAGCCGGGUGAACGUGGAAAUUAAUGGGAAUGGAACGAUCACGUAUCAGGAGAGGAAAAGGUACCAAUGGGUCUCCGGUAAAUCGGAAAACGAAAAGGUGAUCGUGCCUAACGUGAUGCUGAUGUCGACGCUCGCCUUUUCCCGAAAUCUUGGUUAUUUCUUGCAAAUCGGAUUGACCAUGUUCCUCUCGAAGAUACGCGCGGAACCGUUCAUCGAGUUGUCGGUCGGCCAAUACCUGUGGGGUUACGAGGACGAGUUGUACGAAGUGGCCAAACGAUUCUCGUCGUUACGCUCCGUUUUUACUCUGGAUAAAUUUGGACUUCUCGCCUUCAAUAAUGGUUCGAGUCGGGAUCGUAUCACGAUACACACAGGAACCGAUAAUCUUGGGAUAAUCGAGCGAAUCAAUGGGAUUGAAAAUCAUCAGAUUUGGGGAGAUGAAAAAUGCGAUCGAAUCUAUGGUACCGAUGGUAGUAUGUUUCCACCGCACUGGAUCAAGCAACCGAAUAAGACGCUCUUCAUUUACGCGAAAGAUUUCUGCAGGAAAAUACCUUUUCAUUACGAUCAUCGUAGUUUUUCUAGCGGCAUACCCACCUUGAGGUACAAAUUACCGAGCAACGUUUUUACGUCGACUCGCAACAAAGACUCGUGUUUUUGCCCGAAGGAGUCGCACGAUUCAACCAUCAGAACAUGUCCCCCAACCGGAACGCUCAACGUUUCUGCCUGCAACUUUGGGACACCGAUAAUCGCUUCUUUUCCUCAUUUCUACACGGGUAAUGAGUCGUUGUUCGAAAAAAUCGUCGGGCUGGAACCUCGACAAGACCGUCACGAAAGUUACAUCGAUCUUCAUCCGCGUUUAGGCAUCACGGUGAACAUGAACAUGAGGCUGCAAAUGAACGUAGAGGUACGAAAAGCGAUUGGAAUUCCCUUCUCCGGAAACCUCGAAGACGGAUUGAUUCUACCGUUGAUAUGGCUCGAUACUGGAAUAGGCGAAAUACCCGAGUCGCUUCAACAGAUUUUGUAUCGAAGUCACUACUUGGUGAACGCCAUCGAAGCCGUUUUUCAAUGGUGUAGUCUGAUCGGCGUGAUCAUCUCGUUCGGCGCUCUUUUUGCCACGAUGAAGAAAGAAGAGGAAUCGAUCGAGACGAAGCUGGACUCGAAACUCGAUCGACCGGUCCCAGAGUGGACCGAAACUGAACUCAAUCGGCUGUAACGGAACACGACCGUGAUAUUAUGCACCGCGUGUUUAACGACUUCAUCGGGAAUACGGCAUCGACGAUCUAAUUUAUUGUUAAUUCUUUUACUUGACCAAUUGAUUCCUUUUCUCGAUGCUCUUUCAUCACGCUCUGAAUAACUUGGAAGAGGGGAGAAAAAAAAAGAAAAAAAAAGUCUAUCACGCCACUUUGUAACGCGAUCAAUCGAUCAUACGAUUAUCGUUACAGACCUAUCCCCUCUGUCGAAUGUCGUGUAUGCUCGCUUCAAUUGUAUCGCGAUAACGGUAUAUAGUACAACAAGAUAGACCCGCGCUCGCGCGUUCAUAUUCCUUCGAGAAAAGCCACGUGCAAAAAAUAAUAAGUAACGAUGCAAAAUUAACAUUGCCAUGUGUAUGCUAUAAGAUGUUUUUCUACGAUUCUUUUUUAUAUUUGUAUAUCUGGCAUCGAUAACCUAUGUCGACAUAACAAGUUUGAAAAACAGAGAUGGACAAUUCAUUCGUUCACACGUGUAAUACAUCGGCAGCAGAUUUCCGGUACAUGGUGAAAUCAACUAGCGAAUACUCUCGUCGUACAUAAUUUUAUUAUUAAAUUGUCACGACAUCUGAAAUUGUCUCGAAUCCGAAUCCGGAUUUCAAAACUAUUUGGCUACUUUAUUGUCGUUUCCUCCACCUUCUUCUUCUUCUUCUUCUUCACCCACUCCACCAGCUCUUCCUCAUACUUGAUUGUAAAAAACUAAAUUCAUCUAGAAAUCUAACCAUAGUCUAUCUGAAGUUAACGCGUUUACAACGAAAUACA